AUGUCGAUUUUACAAAAAAUCGCCGAUAUCGAGGCCGAAAUGGCCAAGACACAGAAAAACAAGGCAACGAACUUUCACUUAGGUUUACUAAAAGCGAAAUUGUCAAAACUUAAAGCACAACUUAUAGAAGGAGGAACAAAAGGUGGAGGAGAAGGGGAAGGAUUUGAUGUUUCUAAAACAGGAGAUGCAAGAAUAGGUCUUGUUGGUUUUCCCUCAGUAGGAAAAUCUACUUUAUUAAAUAAAUUAACAGGUACCUUUUCCGAAGUAGCAUCAUAUGAGUUUACUACGUUAACAUGUGUACCUGGUAUAUUUAAAUAUAAAGGAGCAAAAAUGCAAUUAUUAGAUUUGCCUGGAAUUAUAGAAGGAGCAAAAGAUGGAAAAGGUAGAGGAAAGCAAGUUAUAGCAGUUGCUAAAAGUUGUUCCCUAAUAUUAAUAGUAUUAGACGUUUUAAAACCAUUAACUUUUAAAAAAAUUAUUGAAAAAGAAUUAGAAGGAUUUGGAAUUAGAUUAAAUAAAAAGCCACCAAAUAUCGUUUUUCAAAAAAAAGAUAAAGGAGGUAUAAAUAUAACACAUACUGUUCCACUUGUUAAUAUAGAUGAAGAAAUGAUUAAAUCGAUUUGCCAUGAAUACAGAAUUAUGAAUGCUAAUAUAUCUAUAAGGUGUGAAGCAACAGUUGAUGAUAUUAUAGAUGUAAUAGAAGGUAAUAGAUUAUAUGUACCAUGUAUAUAUGUUCUAAAUAAAGUUGAUCAAAUAACUUUAGAAGAACUAGAUCUAAUAACUCGUAUACCUCAUAAUGUACCUAUAUCUGCACAUUUGGAAUGGAAUUUAGAUGGUUUAUUAGAAGCAAUAUGGACUUACUUAGAUCUUGUACGUAUUUAUACCAAACCAAAAGGACAGAUACCUGAUUACGAUUCACCAGUUAUUUUGAAAAAAGAAAGAUCAAAAGUUGAAAACUUUUGUAAAAAAAUACAUAGAUCUUUAGUUAAUCAAUUGAAAUAUGCGUUAGUAUGGGGAAAAUCCGUAAAACAUAAUCCGCAAAAAGUCGGAAAAGAUCACGAACUAAAUGAUGAAGACGUUGUACAAUUGGUUAAGAAGUAA